GCGACCCCGGCCGGGAGCGAGCGGCUAGGCCCGCGCGGAGCCGCUGCCGGACGCCUCGGGUCCUGGGGCGGGGGACCAUGGACCCUGCCGCGGGAGCCUUCCUCGGGAUGCUUUUUCUUUUGUCUGCUCGGCCCUGGAGCCCAGUAGUGGCAGGGAAUACUUAUAACUGUGAUGUUCCGCUGGCGUCCACCUUGCCACGAGAGUCCUUCAGCAGUUCGUCGGAGCUGUCCAGCAGCCACGGCCCGGGGUUUGCAAGUCUUAAUCGCAGAGAUGGGGCUGGUGGCUGGUCUCCACUUGUGUCAGAUAAAUACCAGUGGCUGCAGAUUGACCUUGGGGAGAGAAUGGAGGUCACAGCUGUGGCCACCCAGGGCGGCUACGGGAGCUCCGACUGGGUGACCAGCUACGUCCUCAUGUUCAGUGACGGCGGGAGGAACUGGAAGCAGUAUCGACAGGAAGAAAGCAUCUCGGGUUUUCCAGGAAACACAAACGCGGACAGUGUGGUGCAUUACCGACUCCAGCCUCCCUUCGAAGCCAGGUUCCUGCGCUUCCUCCCCUUAGCCUGGAACCCUAAGGGCAGAAUCGGGAUGCGGAUAGAAGUGUACGGAUGCGCAUACCGAUCUGAGAUGGUUAAUUUUGAUGGAAAAAGCUCCUUGCUAUACACAUUUAAUCAGAAAUCCGUGAGUCCAACAAAAGAUGUUAUUUCUUUGAAAUUUAAAACCAGGCAGAGUGAUGGGAUUCUACUCCACAGAGAAGGACAAAAUGGCAAACACAUCACCCUGGAGUUAGUUAAAGGAACACUCAUCUUAUCCUUUAAUUCAGGCCAUGCUACCCUGCCCUCCCCUCACACCCGUGCGACCCUCACCCUGGGCAGCCUGCUGGACGACCAGCACUGGCAUUCAGUCCUCAUCGAGCUCCUGAAUACACACGUCAACUUCACCGUGGACAGGCACACUCAGCAUUUCCAGGCAACGGGCGAGUCUGGCUAUUUGGAUCUUGAUUAUGAGAUCAGCUUUGGAGGGAUUCCUGGACACGGAAAAUCAGUGGCAUUCCCACAUAAAAACUUUCACGGCUGCUUUGAAAAUCUCUACUAUAAUGGAGUGGAUAUCAUUGAUUUGUCCAAGAAACACAAACCACAGAUCCUCAUCAUGGGAAAUGUGUCCUUCUCAUGCUCACACCCUCAAAUUGUGCCCUUGACUUUUCUGAGCCCCAGGAGUUACUUGGCUCUGCCGGGCACCACCGGGGAGGACAAAGUGUCCGUCGCUUUCCAGUUUCGAACGUGGAACAGGGCAGGGCUGCUGCUGACCUCUCAGUUUCAACACAAGCCGGGGGCUCUCAUCCUCAUGCUUAAUGAUGGAAAACUCAAGCUGAGUCUCUCCCAGCCCGGACAUCCGGCGAGGGACGUCACAGCAGGUGCUGGAUUAAGUGAUGGGCAGUGGCAUUCGGUGUCCUUAUCAUUGAAAGGAAAUCAUCUGAGUGUGAUGGUGGAUGGUGAGGCAGCCUCUGUGGCUCAUUCCCUGCGUGGGCAGAUUGAUUCAGGGGACAUCUAUUAUUUGGGCGGCUGUCCCAACAGCAGCUCUGGCCCUGGAUGUGGAGGUCCCCUGGCCGGGUUUCAGGGCUGCCUGAGGCUCAUCUCCAUUGGCGACAAGGCGGUGGACCCCAUCACAGUACAGCAGGGGGCGCUGGGGACUUUCCGUGACCUCCAGAUAGACACCUGCGGCCUCACCGACAGGUGUUUGCCCAGCUACUGUGAACAUGGGGGCGAAUGUUCCCAGUCUUGGGACACCUUCUCCUGUGACUGCGUGCACACUGGCUACACGGGUGCGACCUGCCAUUCCUCUUUGUACGAGCAGUCCUGUGAAGCCCACAAGCACAGAGGAAACUCCUCAGGGCUCUACUAUAUCGAUUCAGAUGGAAGUGGCCCGCUUGGACCUGCUCUCGUAUAUUGCAACAUGACAGAAGACACCACCUGGACCUCAGUGCAGCACAAUGGCUCCCACUUGGCCAGGGUCAAAAGCUCGAAUGGAGAAAGCCCCCACCCCGUGUUUCUCAAGUACACAGCCAGCAUGGACCAGCUCCAAGCCCUCAUUGACCGUGCGGACCACUGCCAACAAGAGCUGGCCUUCCACUGCAAGAAGUCAAGGCUUUCAACUGGCCACGAUGGAACCCCAGUGAGCUGGUGGGUUGGAAGAACCAAUGAAACACACACUUACUGGGGAGGUUCUCUGCCUGAUGCUCAAAAAUGUGCUUGUGGAUUACAGGGGAACUGCCUUGAUUCUCAGUAUUACUGCAACUGUGAUGCUGACCGGAAUGAAUGGACCAGCGACACAGUAAUCCUUUCUCAUAAGGAGCACCUGCCAGUCACUCAGGUUGUGAUGAGCACCACAGGCCGACCACAUUCAGAAGCGGCUUAUGCUCUGGGGCCUCUGCUCUGCUGGGGGGACAAUUCAUUUUGGAAUUCCGCUUCCUUCAAUACCGAGACUUCAUACCUUCACUUCCCUACGUUCCGUGGAGAGCUCAGUGCUGAUGUGUCUUUCUUUUUUAAGACGACAGCUCCUUCUGGGGUGUUUGUAGAGAACCUGGGGAUCACAGACUUCAUCAGGCUAGAGCUGCAUGCUCCUGCAGAAGUGACCUUUUCCUUUGAUGUGGGGAAUGGGCAUUGUGAGGUCACAGUGCGGUCUCCCACUCCCUUUAACGACAACCGGUGGCACCACGUGAGGGCAGAGAGGAACGUGAAGGAGGCAUCGCUUCAAGUGGAUCAGCUCCCCAGCAGGACUCAACCUGCACCCCCUGAUGGGCAUACCCGCCUACAGCUCAACAGCCAGCUCUUUGUGGGUGGGACGGCCACCAGACAGAGAGGCUUCCUGGGGUGCAUUCGGUCGCUGCGGUUGAAUGGGCUGGCCCUGGACCUGGAAGAAAGGGCCACAAUGACACCAGGCGUGGAGCCAGGGUGCCCAGGACACUGCAGCAGCUAUGGACACCUGUGUCGCAACGGAGGGAGAUGUAGAGAGAGACCCAGGGGCAUCACUUGCGACUGUGCCUUCUCUGCAUAUGACGGGCCAUUCUGCGAGAGCGAGAUUUCUGCGUAUUUUGGAACUGGCUCAUCAGUUAUCUACAACUUUCAAGAACAUUCUAAUUACACCUCCAGUAAGAACUCCAGCUCCUUUGCAGCUUUAUUUCAUGAGGAUCUGACGCUGGCCGGCGAAAUGACCACACUGAGCUUCCGGACCACAGGGACACCCAGCUUACUCCUCUAUGUGAGCUCCUUCUAUGAGGAGUACCUGUCCGUUAUCCUUGCCCCCAAUGGAACUUUGCAGAUCAGGUAUAAGCUGGACAGGCACCAGGAACCUGAUGUUUUUAACUUUGGUUUUAAAAACCUUGCCGAUGGGCAGCUUCACCAGGUGAAGAUUCACAGAGAAGCGGCUGUGGUCUCUGUAGAGGUUAACCAGAAUGCAAGGAGACAAGUCAUCCUGUCAUCAGGGACAGAAUUCAAUGCUGUCAAAUCCCUUAUGUUGGGGACAAUUUUAGAGACCGCCGGCGCGGACCCGGACACGCUGCGGGCCGGCGCGCGCGGCUUCACCGGCUGCCUCUCGGCCGUGCGCUUCGGCCCCGCCGCUCCGCUCAAGGCUGCGCUGCGCCCCGGCGGCCCUGCCCCGGUCACCGUGCGCGGACGCGUGACCGCCGCGUCCCGCUGCGCGGAGGGGGCGGGACCCGGAGCCCCGGCGCAGGAGGCCACCCGCCCGCUUGCAGGUGGCGCAGGUGGUUCUGGACCAACAGAUGGGGGAGAACCCUUAGUUAAUGCUGACAGAAGUGACUCUGCUGUCAUCGGAGGUGUGAUAGCGGUUGUGAUAUUUAUCUUGCUCAGCAUCACUGCCGUAGCUAUACGGAUUUAUCAACAAAGAUGGUUAUACCAAAAAAAUGAGUCAAAUAUUCCCCAAACUGGAGACAACGCUGAGACUGCUCUGAAAAGUGAGGUCAACAUGCAAAGUACAAUUAGUGAAAGCCAGAAAGAAUAUUUCUUCUGAGGGGCAGCGGUGGCUUACUUAGGGCUCUGGUGAUGUGAUGAGUUUCUCGCUAAGCCAGGGGCUCCCAGUGGAUGAAGCCCAACCCCUCCCGGCCCCCCGGGACAGGUGAUGGCUGUGUAGCACCAUCAGCUUGCUCGAGUGUGGUCCUGGGAGGCGCUGCUCCGUGCUGCUUCAUGAUCUAUUUAAGUAGAAGUGACUUAGGCGUGCUCAUUAAUCCCUGUGCGGCAGUUUCUGACUGUUCUGGCCCGGUCGUCGAAAAUUCAAAUGUAUUUUGCAUAACGACUUGGGGUUUUAAGUGAAACCAAGGAUUUGAGCUGUGGCCCUACUCUCUUAAAAACGAGACACGGAAGUUUAUAAAAGUCAAAGUUGGACUCUAGUGUUUUGUGUUGCGUGGAAAUCUGUGUUUUACUUCCUUUAUCGAUCACCUACUGACAUUUGAAAGCCGGGAAGUGCUUCUCGGAUGGUCUUCGAGUACGUUUCCAUCUUCCUGUGAAACAGAGCCCACUGGCCAAAAAUGCACUAGAAACCUAGAAAAACCCAUUUUUUUUGGCCAAUUGUUUUUUUAUUUGUCUCUUUUAAGUUAGUUUGCAUACAUUUUUAGUGAUGAAAUGAGUACUGAAUGUCAGCUAUGAAAUUGUAGUAUUCUGUUCAUUUAUGGAACAGAAAAAUUCAUAAGUAGCAGAGCGUGGAAAGCAUUCCAGUCUGCAAUACUUCACUUAUUUUUCUUUGUAAUUUGUCAUUUUAAUCUUUGUAAAUUAUGAUAAAGAUCAUCUGAUGAUCUCCCCAAAAUGUAUAUUUUCUAACUGAAGUUGUGCCCAGGUAUAAACUGUAUACUUAACACUGCAAAUGUACCCUUCCUCCAUUUCAUUGGAAAGAAAUAUAAUCCUCAACUUGUUUCCCUCAAAUGUGGCGUGAUUAGGUCACUAUUCUUUGCAGUCCUGUGGUUCUCCUGUUCUGAAGGUUAUCACAACAAUUUGAUUUCUUGCGACUGUCUUUUCAUUUACUUGGGAAAAGUCACAUUUUGAACGAAAGCUCUCCAUUCCUUUUUCUAAAUUUUGAACCGAUCUAGGCAAACCAUCCCCUGAAAUACCAUCUCAGUCUAGUAACCAUUUGGAGUAUCAGUGGAAGGAUGCUUACGCUGAGGGAAAAUGCAGGUUGUAGGAUCUGAACUAAAUCUGUCAUUCUGGUCACGAAUCUAGGAUCUUGGAGUCAGCUUCCAUCCAGUGUACCCAAAAUCAACCAGUUCAUUUCAUAUUCGGGGAUAUUUGCAGAGUAGAGGAGCAAAGAAUUUGUAUUAACCGUGGGAAUUGUUCCAGUAACUACUCAUGUGGCAGGGGUCAUAAGAUACUUGCAUGGAGCCCACCGUUUGCACUAACUAGCCAGUUAUAAAUAAAAUGUGCUACACUCUUGAUAUGCCUGCCAGGAAUUAGAUUGCUUCCUUUGACCACAACAGGACCACCCAGAACUCCAUACACUUAGCCUUGCUGUGACCUUCGAGUCUUUGAGUGUAUACCUAUUUUUCUGUGACUUUUUUAAACAACAGAAAAAGAUAUCCUCUAUACUAAGUCUUUUCUCAAAAAAAUACCUUCUUUCUUAUGGUUUCGUAUUAGUUUUCUAUGAGGUUUAACAAAUUACCACAAUUUAGUGGCUUAAUGCAACGCCCAUAUAUUAUCUCACAGUUUCUGUGGAUCAGGAGCUGGGCAUGGGUUUACUGAGUUUUCUGCAAGGCUGCAGUGAAGUGUCAGCCAGGACCGUGUCCUCCUCUGGAGACUCAGGUGGUGAAUCCUUGGUCUUAUGGUUAUUGGCAGCAUUCAGGUCCUUACUGCUGGAAGAUUCAUGGAAGCCUGCUUCUGUUCAAAGCCAGCAAGAGAGAGAGAGAAAGAGAGAAAGAGAGAGACUCAAGAGCAAGUCUGCUAAUAAGAGGGAGUUUCCUAUAAUGUAAUGUGGUGAUGGGAGUGACAGCCCAACCCCUUUGCCAAAUUCAGUUGUUUAGAAGCAAGUCUUAAGUCCUGCCCACACUCAACAGGAGGGGAUUACAUAAGGAUUUGAACCAGCAGGCUGAGAUCAAAGUUAAUCUACCACAGUACUAUACCUUUAUUGAAGUUUCUUUAAGUGAAUAAUGAAGGAUUUUCAGGGUCUCAACAUACUAAUAUAUGAAGAACCUACCCUGAGGAAUAAUAUACAUACUUUUUUUUUCAAAAAGUCCUAUGCAGAGUGGAGAAGGAUCCAAGACAAAAAUGAUAGGUUCUAGUUAAUGCAUAGCUGAAUUUUAACAUCCUGAAGUCACUGCAACUUUAACAAAUGAUCAUAUUAAGUUCCGGAAAUGUUAAUCACUUUGAUAGCUGGCGUUUUGCAGAUUUAUAGAUAGUGAAAUUCAUGGUAUUCUGCUCUCUUUUUAAAAGAGAAAACAAAAUAUUUGUACCAAAUUGCAGUGAUGUUUCACCCACUUUACUGAUUUGUAAACUUAACCUGCUUAUUUGUUAAUAAAAUAACCUUUUUGAAUUAAAUUAGGAAAAUAUUUUUAAGAGAAAUUGAAAUUUGAAUUAUGAAAUUAUAUUGUUUUUCCCCUAAAAUAUUAAAAAAUGUGCAAAUGUAUAUAUUCUGUUGUGGUGUGUGUACUACUUUAUCUCUACUGUAUAUAGAGAGAAUACUGUGCUCUGUUAAUAUUAUUUGUGAUGGUAUUUAAAUUAUCAAACACAAAGUAAAACAUAAAGUACCUAAUAUGUACUGAGUAUUACAAGUUAAGAUAUCUAUGAAUGUAGAUAUUUAAACCUUUACCAGAGAACAAUAAUUUAACAAUCAGUAAGUUAUUUGUUGAAUGUUUA